AUGGAUAAUGAUAGGGGAAAAGCGACAUUGGAUUAUUACACGACAAAAAUUCUAAUUAAUGUUUGUGCCGAGCAAAUAGUGCACAAAGAAAGACAAGGAACAUCGUUUACAAGACCUGGUUGGGGGAAAAUUGAAAAGAAUUUUCAGGAAAGGAGUGGGAAAAUGUAUGACAGGAGGCAACUGAAGAACAGAUUUGAUGUAUUGAGAAAAGAUUGGAAGUUGUGGGAAAAACUGAUGUCUGGGGAGACUGGCAUUGGUUAUGAUGCAGCCACAAAUAGGCCUGACACAGAAGAGGAGGAGGAUGUUUAUAGAGUCGAGCUGGACCAACAGGAAGGGUCAGGGGAUAGUGAGGAUGAAAACUUUGGUAUGGAUCCAACAGCCCGUGCAGGGGUCACAGAUGACUUCGCUGCUUGCAACAUAAACAACCCCGCGAGUACUGGACCAAGUGGCUCAGGAAGCUAUGGAAAGAGAAAGAAGGGUGAGACAUCAGAUGCAAAGAAGAAGAAAAAAGUUGCUGCAUCUACUAAAAUUUCUGAUAGCCUGAGUGUCAUAGCAGCUGCUUUUGACAAGCGAGCAGCAGCAUUGGUUGAAGAUCCCUAA